CCAGGGGAUUUUGUACCACUAAACACUGCUGGGAAUUAUGGCGAAAUAAAGGAUAACCCUGCUGACCUGCUUAAGAAACCGGUGGAUUAAAGCAACAUUCUGUGGAAGAUGUAAGCUGUUUUGGAGACGCAAUGGAGGGGACUUUGUUAUCAUUGGAGGGCAAAAAGCCCCAGAAGCGGGUGAGGUUCAGGGUGGCUUCAGGGAGCAGCGGCCGGGUGCUGAAGGAGAUGUUUAAAGAUGAUGGGCCGUCUGACUCUCUGGACUCUGACUGCACCAGUAGCUCGGAAGUAGAGCGAGCCAGCACACCAUCCACCAGUGGAGAGCCCAAUGGUCACAUUGCAGUGUACCUGGGCUCUGAGUUGGACGACAGCGAGAGUGAACCAGAUGACUUGCUCGUGUAUGCUGGAGCCAAGGACAAGGACAGAGUGUUCAGCACCAAACGGGUCAACAUCCUGAGCAAGAAUGGGACAGUGCGGGGAGUCAAGCACAAAGUCAGCGCUGGUCAAAUAGUAUUUGACAACCUGACCAAAGUCACUGAGCCUGAGCUGACUCUGGAGUUUGGCCGGAUCGUGAUCUACACCACCAGUUUCCGUGUGGUCAGGACGACGUUUGAACGCUGCGAGCUGGUGCGCAAGAUUUUCCAGAACCACAGGGUGAAGUUCAUGGAGAAGAACAUUGCUCUGGACAGUGAGUAUGGCAAGGAGCUGGAGGUGCGCUGCAGAAGGGUAGGAGAGCCCCCUUCCCUCCCUGUAGUCUUCAUCGAUGGACACUACCUGGGGGGUGCAGAGAAAAUACUGAGUAUGAAUGAAUCAGGGGAACUGCAAGAUCUCCUGACUAAAAUUGAGAGGGUACAGCACCCCCACACAUGCCAGACGUGUGGCGGCUUUGCCUUCAUGCCCUGCUCUAUGUGCCAUGGCAGCAAGAUGUCUGUGUUCAGGAACUGCUUCACGGACUCAUUCAAAGCCCUCAAGUGCACUGCAUGCAACGAGAACGGCCUUCAACCGUGUCCCAGCUGCUCCCACUAAGUGCCUGCACACCUCCCUCAGUAUCCACCUCCUUCUUCUCACCCACCAUUCGCCAUGUAAAAGACUAUACCAGAAAAAAAAGAUAGAGACAACUGUGGUUUUUUUUCCUCCUCUGGUGGGAUUGUUAAUAAAUGUUGUUUUUAAGAAAGCCUGUAAAAGCAUUUGAUUCUUCAUUCACUUUAUUUGAUGUCACAGUGUGUCUGUGAUGAUUCGCUUAUCAGGUCAUUUAAUACUCCACAACAAUAGUCAUUUCCAGUCUGUACUCAGAUUGCCUGUGUCCUAUUUCACUAUAAUGCUGUAAUCGAGUAAGAAAAAAACGUUGCCAGGAAAUCAGAGCUACAGCUCACGCUUUCUGUAACCCCAGAACAUCCCGAGCCAAAAUUCAACUGAUUGAGAGAUAUAAUGAAUGUAGAAAGAAGAUUUGAAUAAGCUUCUGCAGUUUGGUCUGCUGUGUGAGUUCACAAGAUACAUCCACUAACCCAGAGGCUCUCAAAUUCUUUCCCUGCCGAGGACCUCUAACAUUAAACUAGAUUUCUCUUACACCUUCUGAACAUACUCCAACAAUUCUAAUAUCAAUCUCAUUUAUUAUUGAAAUGUUACAUUUAUAUUCUGAAUAUAUAGUGGAGCUAUAAAGUUUUUAUUGCUGAACUUUCCACAUGCAUUAGGUUGAACUUGACAUUAUUUAUAGGUGACUUGAUUUCGAGUUAUUGAGAUUUUAAUUAAACUUAUUUAAAUCAAGUAAUCAAAUGAACAUGCUUUUAAUUAUCAGAACUUGAUAAUAAAUAUAAUAACUGUGAUAAUAGUGGGUUGUGAUUUCCACCACUGUAACUGAAUUUAAAGAAUUGCAGACCCCCUGGCUAUACUUUAUGACCCCUGGAGUCCCCAGACUUCACUUUAGAAGCAUUUCUACUUACAUCACACAGCUUUUUACAUUUUAUAGGACACAGAACCACAUACGAUGGAAGUGAAAUGAUUACGUUUAGCAGAUCUAGCUUAUGCAUAGACAUAGAAAUUACACACUUAUGACUCUCUAUCUCUAUCAGAUGUAUAAUCUGCAUGUUUAUUGAUUUUUUAAAUUAUUUUAACCCUGCAUUUUAGUACAUGGGUUUGAAAUGAAACUAUGUCAUAACCAUGAAGGAGUAACCAUGAAAGCGCUUUUUAUACAUACUCCUUCUGUUUUAAGGCGUCGUAAUUAAGUGGCUGCUCAGUUGUCAGUGUCAUGCAGAAAAGCACUAACACAACGGUUCGAUAUGUAGCCUUUACACCUGCUGUUGCUGUCUCAACAAGAAGAACAAACUCUACAAAAUAAAGGUACACAUCUCUACCAUU